AUGGAAGCUGAAGAGACGAUGGAAUGCAUUCAGGAAUUUCCAGAGCAUUAUAAAGUAAUUUUGGACAGACUGAAUGAACAGAGAGAGCAGGAUCAGUUCACAGACAUCACUCUGAUUGUUGAUGGUCAUCAUUUUAAAGCUCAUAAAGCUGUUCUUGCUGCCUGUAGCCAGUUUUUCUACAAAUUCUUCCAAGACUUCACUCAGGAGCCUCUAGUAGAGAUAGAAGGUGUAAGUAACAUGGCAUUUCGCCACUUAAUUGAGUUCACCUAUACUGCCAAGCUAAUGGUCCAAGGGGAAGAAGAAGCCAAUGAUGUCUGGAAGGCAGCUGAAUACCUCCAGAUGUUAGAAGCCAUUAAAGCCCUCGAAAUCAGGAACAAGGAAAAUUCAUUGCCACUUGAAUCAAAUCAGGCACAAGAUACCAAUAAAGCUAAAAAGAGGAAGAUAGCAGAGACCUCUAACGUCAUUACAGAAACGCUGCCCUGUGCAGAGUCUGAGCCGGUCGAAAUCGAGGUGGAGAUUGCGGAAGGGGCUAUCGGCGUGGAAGAAAACAACAUUGAAGCACUUGAGGAGGUUGCAUCCGCCGAGCAGUCUAUCAAGUACAUUCAGACCACAGGGACUUCAGAUGAGUCGGCGUUGGCCCUUCUGGCGGAUAUCACCAGCAAGUUCCGCCACGGGGAGAGGAAGAGCCAGAUCCAGGAGGAAUGCGACAGCGUGUCCGACCCGAUGGGCAAGCAGAUGGAAGGCAUCGAGAUCAUGGAGCUGCAGCUGUCUCACGUCAACAACCUGUUCCACUGUGAAAAGUGCAACCGUUCGUUUAAGUUGUUCUACCACUUUAAGGAGCACAUGAAAACGCACUCCACCGAGAGCUACAAGUGCGACCUAUGCAACAAAAGGUACCUCCGAGAAAGUGCAUUGAAGCAGCACCUUACCUGUUACCACCUUGACGAAGGUGGCGCCAACAAGAAGCAGAGGCCGGGCAAAAAAAUACACGUCUGCCAGUACUGUGAUAAACAAUUUGACCACUUUGGCCAUUUUAAAGAGCAUCUGCGGAAACACACAGGUGAAAAGCCAUUUGAGUGCCCAAACUGCCACGAACGUUUUGCUCGGAACAGCACGCUCAAGUGUCACUUGACAGCGUGCCAGUCCGGCGUUGGUGCUAAAAAGGGGCGGAAAAAGCUUUAUGAAUGUCAGGUCUGCAACAGUGUCUUUAACAGCUGGGACCAAUUUAAAGAUCACUUGGUAAUACACACAGGCGACAAACCCAACCACUGUACCAUCUGUGACGUCUGGUUCAUGCAAGGCAGCGAACUGAGGAGGCACCUGCAGGAAAUCCACCACAUUUCAGAACGGAUAGUGACCGAUGACAUCCUCCCAGUGGACAGCGACCCAGUGGCCUCGAUGACCAUCAUUGAGCAGGUGGAACAGGUCCACGUUCUGCCACUCAUUCAGGUCCAGGUGGACCCGGCACAAGUGACGGUCGAGCAGGUGCACCCGGACUUGAUAGAGAACAAUCAAGUGAAAGGCGAACAGAUAGCCGAGCUGCAAGAACAGGUAGAGAUUAGCUACCUGGAGGUGGAGCACAUUCAGACUGAGCCAGGGACAGAAGUGCACAUGGAGGAGCUGGACGUUGAGCACGUAAAUCAGUUGCAGAUGGAGGAGGUCCAGGCACAGCUCAUAGAGGAAGCGGACCUCGGGCCAGUAGAAUCGGAACACGUGGAUCAAGGAGGACUGGAAGGGAGCUCACCUGUGCAGGUGGACGAGAUGGUGGCACCGGCAGCCGAUCAUGGAGAAUCUGAUGAUUUAAAAACUCAGCCAAUAGUGGACAUACAGGAGGAGAAGGUGGAAACCUAGGACAACGUUGACUGUGUUGCUUGUGGUCUGAAACAUGUCAUACCAAAUCAUUAAUUUUUGUUUUGUUUUGUUAUUUUUCUUGUUUGACUUUUGCACCACCAGUGGGGAAUGGCUGUCCCGCGUUGAUGCCCUCUGGGGACCGGACAGGUGGACCAAAGUUAAGAUAUUUGGUUAAAUUGCUCUUCUUGUACUUUCAUUUUUUUUUAAAAAAAAUCCCUCUUUCAUUAAAAAAAAAUACCAUGGAACAAAUUUUAUUCUAGACACGGACAGCUUUGUGUGAAGUUUAAUUGUAGAGUUUUGUUAGACUGUACCAUUAGGUUUUGCUGUUGUCUCUGUCAGACUUUCGAGCAAGUUCUAUUCCUCCUUGCAGAAUAUGAGUUUAGCGUUAACGUUGUGAGGUUUCGGCAUUCAUAUGGAUUAACUAAAGAGAGUUGAGCGAUCUGGUUAGAAAUGGUGGCUAUUGUUUUCUCUUUCCCCCAUUAAUAUUUUGCAGUUGACGCUCUCUUUGACUUACUUGUGUUCUUAAAUGCAGCCGCUAUCUUGGAAGCCUGGAAUUUGGAGCGUGCAAAUGCUUGGGGCUCAGAAAAGCAAAACAAAACACACACACACAAAAACCCUUGUGCCUUUUCACAACUAAGAAAUUAAACUUCCACAAAGCUUUGAAGGUAAUUACAAAGACAAUGUAGAUAUGGCUGUACAGCGCUUUGUAAUCUUGCUUGCAAUUGUCAGCUAACAGGGUUUUUUUACAUUGAAAUAAAUGCAGAUGGGGGAGAGGAAAUGGAUUUAUCACUGGCAGUUUUUCUUUGUGGAUGGGGGAGGGCCAUUCGUAAUAGGAAUAAUUCAGCUGAAUCUGUUGCAAGUUAUGAGUUGGCCGAAAGGUUGCACUGGCAUCUUAUCUCCAGAUUUUUAUUUUUUAGGGAGGGGAAAGGUACAUUUUAUAUUUAAAAGAAAAAACAUUUUAAAAAAAUACACUGUGUCUACACAAUGCA